GCCUCCAGGGGCGGAAACCCUGGGAGGCAAAUACACCGCCCCAGACGGAGAGCGCCGCCCAGAGCGGGACGAGAACAGACGGUCCGAAGACAACGCCCCCCAGGUCGCCUGGAAGCCCCCGGAGCGACCCCGGGGGCGGCAUGGAGUGUGCGGGGGCCGGGGCAACCGCUCUUUGGUUGGGGGCGAUGCAGACACGGGCCCCGCGGGGCUUCCUCCUUCUCCUCCUCUUCCUCCCGCUGCUGCCGCCACGCGGCGCCUCCGCCGGGAGCCUGCACGGCCCAGGCCUGUCCGAGUGCUUCCAGGUGAAUGGCGCCGACUACCGCGGCCACCAGAACCGCACGGGUCCGCGCGGGGCCGGCCGCCCGUGCCUGUUCUGGGACCAGACGCAGCAGCACAGCUACAGCAGCGCCAGCGACCCCCAGGGCCGCUGGGGGCUGGGCCCGCACAACUUCUGCCGGAACCCCGACGGCGAUGUGCAGCCGUGGUGCUACGUAGCCGAGACAGAGGAGGGCAUCUACUGGCGCUACUGCGACAUCCCCACGUGCCACAUGCCCGGAUACCUGGGCUGCUUCGUGGAUUCGGGGGCACCCCCCGCCCUCAGCGGCCCCAGCGGCACCUCAACGAAGCUCACGGUCCAGGUGUGCCUUCGCUUCUGCCGCAUGAAGGGCUACCAGCUGGCGGGCGUGGAGGCUGGCUACGCCUGCUUCUGUGGCUCUGAAAGCGACCUGGAUCGGGGACGCCCGGCCCCAGCUACCGACUGUGACCAGAUUUGCUUCGGCCACCCGGGCCAGCUGUGCGGCGGCGACGGCCGUCUGGGCAUCUACGAAGUGUCCGUGGGCUCCUGCCAGGGCAACUGGACCGCUCCUCAGGGCGUCGUCUACUCCCCGGACUUCCCGGACGAGUACGGGCCGGAUCGGAACUGCAGCUGGGCGCUGAGCCCGCCGGGCGCCGCGCUGGAGCUCACCUUCCGACUCUUCGAGCUGGCCGACCCGCGCGACCGGCUGGAGCUGCGCGACGCCGCCUCGGGCAGCCUUCUCCGCGCCUUCGACGGCGCCCGCCCGCCGCCGCCCGGGCCGCUGCGCUUGCGCGCCGCCGCGCUGCUGCUCACCUUCCGCAGCGACGCGCGCGGCCACGCGCAGGGCUUCGCGCUCACCUACCGCGGGCUGCAGGACGCCGCUGACGACCCGGCGCCCCAGGGCUCGGCGCAGACCCCCGCAGCGCCCCCCGACUGGGCCAACGUGAGCUGCAGCCCCCGGCCUGGGACUCCGGAGGCCGCGAUGGGGGGAGCUGUCUGCUGGCUCCGGGGAAAGGCCCCCCGGCGUUGGGGCCUUCCCGGGGCCCCGGGAGAAGCUGGGCUGUGUGGUACCGCCGGCCUCGAGGGGUGGCCCUGCCCUGCCCUCCCGGGGACCCUCAGGCUGAGGGUCUAGCCACGAGUUACCGGCCCCUGAGCGCCUCCAGCCAGAGUUCCCUGCGCUCGCUCAUCUCUGCUCUCUGACUCGGGACCCCCAGGGUCCACUGGACCCUCCCCAGCGGGAUGGACACCUGAGACUUCAUGCCGCACUCUGCAUUGACCUUCCGCCCCUGUAAGGGCAUCUCUGUCCCUGGUCAUCCGUGGAGGCCAGGCAUUGGACAGGAAGCAUCUGAUGCUGUUAUUGAGAACUUGGUCUGACCCUCGGGGUCCAGAUGGUUGAGGCC